AUGCUCAGCACGGUUCGGUCCCAUAUCGAUGAGCGGUUGGAAACGUGCACGGCGAUUUAUCAUGAAGGCUGUUUCCUCAUGGAGAUGGCCCAGAUGGUCAUAGAGCGAGCAUAUGCUACUCGACAGCUGCCCAUGCCAAACGCACUCAACGCCAUACAACAGCGCAUGGAGAUCCUGCUCGAUAAGAUGAAUGACCUGCUCGAGGAGCAGAUUCAUGAUUCCCGAAUGAAAGAAGCUAUCUGGAUGGAGACAGGGGAAUCUUAG